AAAUGGGUCAGCAGACCGCGGCCCACAAAAUCACGAAACCAGCAGAAGUGCACGGCGCCAGUUUCUGAGCUUCCGAGUUGUUCAUUACCGCUGCCUUCUUUUCUUCUGUUUCUUCGCGUCUUUCCACCGCCGCAACCGUAUUCUCCUGUUUGAAAUCUCCCAUGACGACGCCGUUCCUUUCCACACGCCGAAGGGGGCUCCUCUCUCUUAUCUCCGGGUCUCUCUCUCCCCCUCUCUCCCUCUCAUGUUUUUGUUUGAAAUUGGGCAUUUGCCAAUGUGGAUUGCAGUCUCUGUAAACUUGAAGAAUCUCAUAGAAAGUAAUACUGAUAUUAAUUGUUUCAAAAUUUCCAGUAAUGGGUUUUGUUAAAUUUAAAAUACUUGAAUUUCUAGUGCUCCAUUAGCUUCACACAAAAGGGAACAAAUUUGGAAGCACAAGUUUCGUCCUUUUCCUUUUCUUUUUGCAUUGCCUCUCACCUGUUCGAUGAAAUGCUUCAAAGAAGUGACUGUAUUUCUCUGCGUUGGUAAAUUUACAUUUCUCAAAGGUGUUCAAAGUGUCUUUCUUUAUGGUUAUGUGUUUUUGCUUGGUUUUCAUCUGAUUAGACACGAGUAGGACGACUCUCGUUAAGGUGUCUUGUGUGAGUGAAAAGGGAACAAUGUUAAAGUAAGCCUUUGGGAAGGCGUGGAGCAAAGGGGUUUACGCGUAUGGAGGAAACAGAGCCAUGCCUUGCUUGUAUGUGCCCACGAGUGAUGUUAACAAUGGACAGGUCCACUGCGCACCGAGAAGUUUUUUCGGGGUAGAGGAUUUCCUCGAUGAUGACAAUAGCCGCCCAUACACUUACCAGAAGGAGAAGAAGUCCAAAAAUCCAACAAAACAUAUAUCAUUUAAACAGCGCACCGUAGCCUACAUUGAACCGUUUACACUCGAUGUGUUCAUCUCAAAGCGGUUUGUGUCAGCCUCGAUCACCCACGGGGUCACAACCAAGCAGGUUGCAACUGCCGGUACCAACUCCAAAGACAUUAAAGCUGUACUCAAGUCACGUUGCGACAUACCUGCCUGUUUGGCGGUCGGCCAAAUUUUGGCCGAUAGGGCAAGAGAAGCCGAUGUUUAUACUGCUGCUUAUACUCCCCGGGACAGGGACAAGCUUGAAGGGAAGAUUAGAGCAGUUGUUCAAUCCCUCAUUGACAAUGGGAUUGAUGUUAAAGUUUAUCUUGACUGAAUUAGGUUUUAUUUUUCUUUGAAUUUGAUUUUCUUUGGAAAAUUUAGGAGGCUUGUAUGUAAACUCUUGUGACUAUAAAAUCUUUUGCCAAUUUCUGAAAAUUAGCUUUCUUCUGC